UUGUUUGCUAUGCCGCCCGGUCAAACUCUUAUCUCCUUUUACGGCGAAUGACAUAGCUCCAUGGGUCACUGAAGAACUAGGGCAAGCAGAUCGUCUUUCACUUAUAUCUCUGACCAGGCAUGAGUGGUCAAAAUGGCCGAAUUAAACCAUCAGGUAAUUUUCUCUGACUCCAAAUCGCCUCCGUUUGUCAUCAAAACCGUCGAGAUGCACACGGGCGGUGAACCUGUACGAAUCAUCACCGAGGGAUAUCCCAAAAUCCAAGGGAAAACCAUCCUAGAGAAGCGGGCCUACGUUCGGGACAACCUGGACGUUUUCCGGAAGAGGUUGAUGUGGGAGCCGAGAGGCCACUAUGACAUGUACGGGGCCCUGCUGGUCGAGCCAGACGACAAAAACGCCGACAUCGGCGUGCUUUUCAUGGACAAUAAGGGCUAUAGUUCCAUGUGUGGACAUGCUAGUAUAGGACUUGGGCGAUACGUGGUAGAUAAAGGGAUAGUUGCCGCCACAAGUCCGCAGACAGAACUGGUUAUCCAGUGCCCGACCGGCCCCGUGAAAAUGUGGGUCGAUUAUCAAGACGGAAGAAGCGGACGUGUCAGAUUCCACAGUGUUCCAGCUUUUGUCUUUGCGCUUGACCAAGAAGUCGACGUCCCCGACUACGGGCGGGUGAAGGUAGACAUCGCCUACGGAGGAGCGUUCUACGCCUUUCUCCCCGACAGCUCUCUGGGGCUAGAUCUCCGUACAGCUCCUGUUCAAGCCGUCAGGACCGCCGCCACAGCAGUGACGGAAGCAGUGAAGAAGGCCGUACCGUUACGCCACCCGGAGCACCCGGACCUGGCGUUCUUCUACGGGACGAUUAUAACAGACGGGCGGGACGAGUACGACCCGACGCCGACGGUUCAGACCAGUGUGUUCGGUGAUGCGUCCGUAGACCGGUCUCCGUGUGGAUCUGGGACAACGGCAAGAGUUGCUGUGCUGCACCGCCGGGGCCAGAUCGAACCGUCCAAAGCGCGGCAGUUCGCGAGCGGCCCCACGGGUUCGGUGAUGACGGGCCGGCCGGUGAGAGAGACCAAGUGGGGAGAGUUCGACGCUGUGAUCGUGGAAGUGGCGGGAAAUGCGUACUACACCGGAACCGCAGAGUCUACAGUCGAGCCGGACGACCCACUGAAAAACGGCUUCCUUGUCAAGUGAUUGUCGGUAUUUUAUGACAGUUAAGAAGGGCCGUACUUCAAUUUUUGAGAGAUUGUUUCACACACGUUUCUAUAAAGACGACCCAAAGGAUGGCUUCCUUAUCAAAUGAUUAUCAAUGUGCUACAAGGCUGUUCCUUACGACCAACAACAUGAGCAAUUGUCCUGUCUUUACUUUUUUACGAUGGACGUUUAUUCUGCCAAUACUUGUUGUCAAUAUUAUCUUAACCAAGUUUUUUGUAAGCAAUUUUCUUAAGCAGAGAAAUGUAUAAUUUCCUUCAUAACUACAUGAAGCUUUAAUGAUGAUAUUGUUCCUUGAUAUCAUAUUAACCAAGAACAUACUUUAUACUAUAGAUUGGCAAUGUUCUAAUCCUGUAAAUGAAUAUUGUAACAUUAUCUUGCACACGACAAGUAGUUACAUUAUGAAUUUCAUUUGAAUGUACUCUUUUGGAAUAUAAAGAAAACAGGUAAAUAAUGUGACGAUUGUUACAGUUAUUCAAGGAAAGAAAGGUGAAACAUAGACCUUCAUAUUUAUCCUUAGCAAUGCAUGCUCUAAUAUGUCGUGAAUGAAAUAAACUGAUAAAAAAAUGGCAUUGAGGCAGUGCUACUAUGAAAAUACACAUUGGCUGUCCGUACAUGGGUAUCUCUUUUAACGUGAAUAAAAACGGGAUCUUGAUGUUGGGACCUAAGGCCUUA